AAGCCUAAGUUUGUCGGCUUUCCUUUUAUCCACGCCCAACGGUGUCGUACAAGACUGGUAACUGAAAUUCCCCGUAGCCAGAAGAUCUCUCUCUCUCUUUCUUUCUCUCUCUCUCUCUCUCUCCUGAGUCUCCUCUUGGAAGUUCAUUGCUAGCAGUACGGUUCCAAAGGCUAAAGCUUCUUCAAUCUCCAAGUAAGAGACUUAACAGCAUCUGUUCUUUAAACGAGAAAAUGGGGUUAGUCUAUGUUGGAUAAUUCCGGGUCUUCUGCUUUUUGGUGUUCUCUUUCCAGAAAACGAUAAGCUCAAACCAAAGUGGAAUAUAUGGGGCCUAUAGUUCAAAGUGUUCAAUUCAGUGAAAACCACACCAUGGGUUGGGUGUUCAUUUCAAUUGCAGGGCUUGAUUUAUUGAAGGUAUUGAUAGCAAGAAGCUGGUGAUGACUUGUUUCCCUUUCUGUUUUAGGAAAAAAGGGACUUCCUCUGAUAAACAAACGAUUGAAGAUGAUGAAGAGCUUACAGGUAUCAAGAAUUUUAACCUGUACACUUACAAGGAAUUGCGGGAUGCCACUAAUGAUUUUAGUCCAGCGAGUAAAAUUGGGGAGGGAGGUUUUGGUUCUGUCUAUAAGGGAAGACUCAAAAAUGGCAGUCUGGCUGCUAUAAAGGUAUUGUCAGCUGACUCAAGGCAAGGGUUGCGGGAGUUUUUGACGGAAAUAAAGGUGAUCACGGAAGUAGAGCAUGAAAACCUGGUUAAGUUGUAUGGUUGCUGUGUGGAAGGAACCCAUAGGAUUUUGGUAUAUGGCUAUCUCGAGAACAAUAGCCUUGCGCAAACGCUUCUUGGUGGAGGCCACAGUAGCAUCCAGUUCAGUUGGGAAACACGGCGUAAAAUUUGCGUUGGUGUUGCACAGGGACUUGCAUUCCUUCAUGAAGAGAUCAGCCCACAUAUUAUUCACAGGGACAUCAAAGCAAGCAAUAUUCUUCUUGAUAAAGACUUGACACCCAAAAUUUCAGAUUUUGGUCUUGCAAAGUUCAUUGCCCCUAACCUGACCCAUAUUAGCACGCGUGUUGCUGGAACAGCAGGUUAUCUGGCACCUGAAUAUGCACUACGAGGUCAAGUGACAAGGAAAGCAGAUAUUUAUAGUUUUGGUAUUCUGCUCUUAGAAAUUGUAAGUGGGAGGAGCAACACAAACAGGCGGUUACCUGUUGAAGAUCAAUAUCUUCUUGAAAGGAGAGACUUGCAGGCGUGGGUACUGCAUGAGAAGGGAGAACUGCUGAGAUUGGUGGACACAUCAUUGAAUGAGAACUUCGAUGUUGAGGAGGCUACCAGAUUCCUAAAGAUUAGUCUUCUUUGCACUCAAGACAUGCCAAAGCUCCGACCAUCCAUGUCCACUGUUGUCAGUAUGCUACUGGGUGAAAUACAUGUAGAUGACAAGGAGAUAUCAAAACCAGGCCUGCUUUCUGAGUUACCGAAUACAAAUGAUGAUGGUAGAGGCCAGAAAACAUCUUACGCAUCAUCUUCAGGGUUAGGAAAGCUGGAUAAUUCGUCUUCAUCAGAAAACAUGACCACCUCAUUUGGUACCAUGACCUUCAAUUCAAUUUAUGACCGAAGCAAUUAAGUAGGUGUUGUUUAGCUUGUUUUGACAGCGGUUCCAGGGUUCUCUUCUUGAUCUCUUUUGACCAAAAAUCAUUUAAAUUUAUUUUGUUUUCAAAAGCAUAUAAAAAAAAAAAAAAAAUACUUUCGAAGUGCUUUUUUUCCAAACAACACCUCAAUUUCUUUUCUGUGGAACUGUCAAUGGGGGUUGGUUAUUCAACUUAUUCUUUUUGUAA